AUUAAAAACAUGAAGAAAGAAUAGGGUAAAUAAUUGCCAUUAACCGUACUCCGGAGUUCGAUCGAAGGUCCGAGGCGAAAACGAAACCCUAGCGGUGGGAGGUGACGAGAAUCCGCAGAGACGGCGACGUCGGAGCAUCAUACACUGUAGAAACCAUAUUACGAGGCACACGUGAACACCAGAAAGUUGAAAGAAAGUAAAAGAUAAUGUGUCAAUAGGUACGAUGGCGACUCUGGCAAGUCAACCAACGCACCAUCAACCAACUUCGGUGGAGGAAGUUAGAACACUUUGGAUUGGGGAUUUGCAGUACUGGGUCGAUGAGUCUUACCUUAGUUCUUGCUUCGCUCACACUGGCGAGGUAAUAUCAAUUAAAAUUAUUCGCAACAAGAUCACAGGGCAGCCUGAGGGUUAUGGGUUUGUGGAGUUUGUGUCUCAUGCAGCAGCAGAAAGAAUUCUGCAGACGUACAAUGGGACUCAGAUGCCUGGAACUGAGCAAACUUUCAGGUUGAAUUGGGCUUCUUUUGGAAUUGGAGAAAGGCGUCCUGACGCAGGCCCUGAGCACUCUAUUUUCGUGGGGGAUUUGGCUCCUGAUGUUACAGACUAUCUGUUGCAAGAGACCUUUAGAGCUCAAUAUCCAUCUGUUAGGGGUGCUAAAGUUGUGACUGAUCCAAACACAGGACGUUCAAAGGGAUAUGGUUUUGUAAAAUUUGCUGAUGAAAAUGAAAGGAAUCGAGCUAUGUCUGAAAUGAAUGGUGUUUAUUGCUCAACCCGACCUAUGCGUAUUAGUGCAGCAACACCCAAAAAGACCAUUGGUGUUCAGCAGCAAUAUACUCCAGGUAAAGCAAUGUACCCAGUUCCAGCUUACACUACACCCGUGCCUGUGCUUCCAGCAGAUUACGAUGCAAAUAACACAACUAUAUUUGUUGGUAACUUGGAUCCUAAUAUUACAGAGGAGGAGUUGAAGCAAACUUUUUUGCAGUUUGGUGAGAUUACUUAUGUGAAAAUUCCUGCCGGCAGAGGCUGUGGCUUUGUACAGUUUGGGACAAGGGCUUCUGCUGAAGAAGCCAUCCAAAAGAUGCAAGGAAAGAUAAUUGGUCAACAAGUGGUUCGUACUUCCUGGGGUAGAAAUCCAGCUGCCAAGCAGGACUUGGCUACUUGGGGUCAGCAAGUUGAUCCGAACCAGUGGAGCGCCUACUAUGGGUAUGGAGGAGCUUAUGAUGCUUAUGGAUAUGGAGUUGUACAAGAUCCAUCUUUAUAUGCUUAUGGUGCAUAUUCGGGUUAUGCCUCGUAUCCUCAACAGGUUGAUGGUGUACAAGAUUUGGCCGCUGUAGCUGGUGCUGUCCCUGCCCUGGAACAGGGAGAGGAAUGGAAUGAUACGCUGGAUACACCAGAUGUUGAAUGUUUAAACGACGCAUACCUCUCGAAACACGAAAGUGCUAUUUUAGGCUGGCCUUUAUGGUUGACUACCUCAUCACUGGUUAGGCAAACAUGAGCUUGGUGGUCCUCUGCAUCUCCAUUGUCGUCGGUAGUCGUAGGUCAUCAGCGCACAAAGGCAGCAGGAGGAGGAUUGUGGUAUGUACUUUAUAUGCUCGACUAUACUUCGGAAGGAUGAUAUCGACAUCAUACUGUUGCUGUGUACUAUACAACAGUAACACUGUUAUUUAAUUUCGUACUUCAUUUUCCUCGUUCGGGAUAGGUGCUUUGAUGCUGUCCUCCGCCAUUCGGAAAUGGCGUUUUCGUAUCAGGAGAGCAUCUGCUUUGUUCCGUACCUUGUUUCUGUAUUCAUAUUAACUACAUGUGCUACCAGUUUGUCUGUUUUUUAACAUGCAACUCGAGCCGAAAACCGUUUCUCAGCUGAGAUUUAGCCUAAAGUAAAUGAAGUUUAAAUGAUGAAU